CUUUGUUUGAGGAUCGUUUGCCUAGGCAUAAUGCUGAAUUUAUUGCAGCACUUCCUUUCAAUAACUAUACUGACCCAAAGUCAGGUGCUUUAAAUCUUGUUUCAAGACUUCCAGAGGAAUCAUUAAAGCCAGAUUUGGGACCCAAAACAUAUAUCGCAUAUGGUUUCUCCAAUGAGCUUGGAAGAGGUGAUUCAGUAACGAAACUGCACUGUGAUAUGUCAGACGCGGUAAACCUGUUGACACAUACAACUAAGGUGAACAUUGCUCCCUGGCAAUGCAAAAAGAUUAAGACAGUGCAGAAAAAACAUGCGGCUGAAGAUGCACUUGAACUCCAUGGUCUAGAUAAAGGAGCCGGUGAAUUUGGAAAGAUAUUGCUGAAAAGAAUUCAUGAAGAUAAUAUCAUGGUUGCUAACUGUAAAAGCAAUAGUAACGGUUUGGAGAAUGGUCAUCUUCUCUUGGAACAAGAAGAUGUGAAGGUGAAGAAACUUGAUAAAGAACAAUCAAGUUCGACUUUGCAAGUAUCAAAUCCUUCAGCUUUAGAUGUUCCUGGUUAUAAGGAAGGAUCUAUUCUGGACAAUUCUGUUUCUCCCAAUGUUAGUAUCGAAGUGGGCAUGUUUGGAACUAGUAAUGAGAAAGCUGCAGCUCAAAGUUUUCCUUGUGGAGUAGAUGUAGAUUUGUAUCAUCUGGCCAAUACUGCAUCUAGUAGUAACAGAGUUACUAAUGCGAAAGACGAUCUGUCCACCUCUUCUUCAGCCGUUGAUGAAGGCAAUGAUCCAAAAUUGAGAGGGUCUGAUCCAGAUGCAGUAAUGGAGUUAGAAGACAAUGGCAGAUCAAACGUUGUUCAUGGUGGUGCUGUCUGGGAUAUUUUCCGUAGGCAGGAUGUUCCAAAAGUAAUUCAAUACUUAGAAAAGCACAAGAAGGAAUUUCGCCACAUUAAUAAUCAUCCUGUUGAUUCUGUUAUUCAUCCUAUUCAUGAUCAGACCCUUUUCCUGAAUGAGAGGCACAAGAAACAGCUGAAGGAAGAAUUUAAUGUGGAACCAUGGACGUUUGAGCAACACCUUGGAGAGGCUGUUUUUAUUCCAGCAGGAUGUCCUCAUCAAGUGAGGAAUAGACAAUCAUGUAUAAAGGUGGCACUUGAUUUUGUCUCACCUGAAAAUAUUGAAGAAUGCAUUCGGUUAACUGAAGAGUUUCGAUUGCUUCCCAAGAAUCACAGAGCCAAAGAAGACAAGUUAGAGGUUAAAAAAACAGUGCUCUAUGCUGUUAGCUCGGCUGUGAGAGAAGCGAAAGAUAUAAUGAAAAAUCUCGAAUCAUCUAACCAGUAGAGUGUGGAGCUUGAAGGAGGCAAAACAAGGAGGUUUAAGCAAAGCCACGCAGAUGGGCUGUACAGGGUUGUGCCGCAUUCCAGAAUAAGAGGCAGUACGGGGGCAAAAAGGAGAUACACACACAGAGAUACAAACAAAAACACACACAUAAAAUAGAAGAUUUGGAUUUUGCAAAUUUCCUUCUUAUUAUUUUGAAAUUAAUAAUGCUAUGUUAACACCGAGUGAUGUGGGUUCAAAUAUGCACCAAUAUGACUUGCCCGCCUUUUGAUUGUUGGUGUCAAAGUUCUGUUGUAAGUUCAAUUAAUAAUCGGGUUGCAGUUGAUGUAUUGAUGCAGGUUCGAUUUGGACUUCUAAGGUUUAAAUAGCAAUAAUUUUUAUUUAUUUUAUUUAA